AUGUACAGACAGACCCUUGCCAAGGUCCCCAUGCGCAGCUGGGCUGCCACCCCGAUCUCGCGCCGGGCCUUCUCCAUCACCGGCCGUGUCAUGGGCGAGGGCGACACUGGUGCCCCCCCGCGAACCGGCGGCCAAGGAGACGCCUUCCAGCGCCGCGAGAAGGCCAACGAGGACUACGCCAUCCGCCAGCGCGAGAAGGAAAAGCUCAUCGAGCUCCGCAAGAAGAUCGCCGAGCAGCAGACCCACCUCGAGAAGCUGGGCGAGCACAUGUAUGUUUCCUCCCCUUUCCCUCCUGCGGACCCCUUCACCUCCAUGGACCAACCCUCCGCCCUCCCCAUCCCCAAUAUUCCGCCUGCCUAG